AUGAGUUUUUUACGCAUAUGCACAAUAGUUUUAAUAUUAAACCACAUAAGAAUUGAUGCACUUUUUGAGUUCAAUAAUGUCAAGUGUCGUGUGUUUGAUCGCAGUUAUUCGACAUUUAACUAUUGCUUUUUGCGUUCCGUUAAUCGCACCUACAAGUAUCUGACUAUACACAGCCAUAUAUACAAAUAUCCUGUGGAUAAUGCUACAGUGCAAUUUAAUUUGGCAAAACGCGAGACAAAACAGCUGUAUAGAUAUUUGAAUGCCACACUGGAUGUGUGUAAAUUUUUAAAAUAUCGCAGCAAUCCGUUUGCCAAUUUUAUAUUUAGCACUUUUCAGCAUUACACGAAUGUAAAUCAUACGUGUCCAUAUGAUCACGAUCUGGUGCUCAAUAAGCUGCCGGUGCAUUAUGUGAAUAACGUGGUCCAAAAUGUUUUACCCGAUGGUCGCUAUGUGCUUACGAGCAUCUGGCAAUCAUAUAAAAUAGUACGCGCUGAGAUCUCUGUCUACUUUACUAAAUCUUAAUA